AUGCUAUUAUGCUCGAUUGGAUUCCCGGAGGUGCCGAUGUUCUUGCAGAUCCUCGGAACCCGCUACAGCUUGCUGAAUGCUGAUCCGAAGUCCGUCGACCGACUGGAAGCUUGCUGCCCAACAGCCAAUUCAUCCGUCUUCACCCGGCCGAUAUCCGUCCGACGGCGCAUCGAGAGGGCCAGUCCACUUCACCGGUUCAUCUGA